UCCGCAAUACAGAUAAUGUGUGUGUCUGCAAGCUACUUAAAUCAAGCCGAUGAAAUAUAUAUCAUUAUGGAUAUCGACAGUGAUGAGGACAUGCCUUUAGCAAAAGUGAUGAAACAAAAAUCAGUUGGUGUGACUCAAUAUGAAGAAAAUGCAGCUAAACUAGAUAGUUGUGAAAAGAAUAAUGACUGCAAGUACAAUUGUGAUAUUGUUAAUGAGAAGAUUGCUAGAAAAGUAGCUACAGAAAAAAAGUGUCUUUUUGAGUAUGAAUGGCCAAGAAACCGUUCUGGAGAUUAUUUUAUACUUGAAGAACAAUUAAUCCAGUUUUUGGAUGUAGCUUUGGCAGACCAAAGACUAGAAAAACUAAUAAAAAGACCUGUAUCAUCCUUAGAAGAAGAUUUUCUUUGUGCACAAGGUGUGUGGACAAAAUCAUCAAUACGAGAAUCAAAUAAUGUUAUCAAAACAGAAGAUGCUUGUGAGUUUAUGGCUGGAUAUUUUCCUAAACAUUUUCAGACUUAUAUUGAACUUGUACAUCGAACAGAAAUGAAAAGACUUGUUUUGAGACAGGAAGCACAACGCAUUGAUGUUAUUUCUGGGAACAUUCCAAACUUCAUGAAAAGAGCAUUGAAAGAAACAGUAAGAUAUAACUCACAACUUAACAGAGAACGCAAAGAAGAAAGAUGUGCAUAUUUUGAUCUUCAAACUCAGAUUAUACAUUUACCACAAAAGAAGCGGAAAUACAACCCUUCAAACAAGUCAAAGCGAUCAGAAUAUCCUGUUGCAUUGCUACCAGGACAGUAUCAAGAUUACUUUAAGAGAUAUACUUCAGAAGAAUUGAAAAUGCUACCCUUAAACACAGUUACCCAACAAUCUUCGAUUCAACGAAAAGGAAAAUCUACUACUGAGAAUACAAGAGAGGAAACUCCAACGGACGAGGUAGUAGAUGAAAACGAAAAUGGUAGCACUGCUGAUAGUGCAAAGAAUUCAUCUGAGAAGAAGGAAGACAAAGAUCCUUUUUGUGGUAUCUGCAUGAAGGGACCUGAGAUGAACAAACGUGGCUUGCCGGAGAAACUUAUUCACUGUUCACAAUGUGAAAAUAGCGGUCAUCCAUCUUGUCUUGAUAUGAACAAACAUAUUGUAAAAGUUAUCCAAACUUACCCGUGGCAAUGUAUGGAAUGCAAAAUAUGUACAGAAUGUUUAGCGCCGCAUGAUGAAGAUGAAAUGAUGUUUUGUGAUAAUUGUGACAGAGGCUAUCAUAGUUACUGUGUAGGAUUGCAAGAAAUUCCGAAAGGUCGCUGGGUGUGCAGCAGAUGUGGUAAAUGUUCAUCAUGUCUCAGGGUGAACGCUGUACCUGAAGGAGUGACAGGUCGAUGGAAGAACGAGCAAACAAAACCUUUGGAUGGUAGUGAAGCGGAAUUUCUUCAGAUUCAUUGUCAUUCCUGCUCGAAGUUGUUCCGUAAGGGAAGUUUUUGUCCGGUAUGUUUGAAAGUCUACCGGACAGACGACGAUCAUAUCAAUCCAAUGGUGUGUUGUGACGUGUGUGACAGAUGGAUACAUACAGAUUGCGAUGGUAUUGACGAGCACAGAUAUAUGGAGUUGUCAAAAGACCGACAGACGUCAUACACGUGUAUUUUGUGUCGUGGUGAGAAAGAAGAGAGGAUGGACUCGUUCCACAAAAAGAAUCGUUAAAGUUGACACUGCGCAAAUCACUUCCUCUCUGUUAAUGAUGACUUUUCAUGUUAUUUAUUAUUAAAGUGUAUUUUGUAGGAGUUUGUAGGUAUGUACAAUAUAAUUAAAUUGAAAAUUCUACGAAAAA